AACAACAGCACCAACAACCCCCUUUCCAUCGCUCUGCCAAUCCCAAGUCCGGGAGGACAACCCGUGCGAGCCCGGGGACAGGCCACCAACCGCGCCUCACACUUGUGCGUCAAAAGGCACAGUCCCCGGGACGCGCGCAGCCUCUCGGGCUGCAGCAGGCAGGGCCCGCGCGCCGGCGACGCCCACAGACACACACGUCUCACCAGCUUUGAAAAAGGAGGGGCGUUUCCUAACUUGUAUUUUUUGUGUGCAGGGUUUUUUGAGGAGGAAGUUGUCUCCGCAGAUCACCGACAGCAGCAGAUCACCAGCACCAGGAGCCAGGAGAACCACCGCCGACCUGAAGCAGCACACAGCCGGACAGUCACCAUGACCAGAUGUCUGAUUAGCAAGCCGGAGGUGCAAGGCUUCAUCGAGAGGUGCAUGACGAGCGUGGGCACCCAGGCGCAUCACGCCCGCAGCCUGGCCGAGGUGCUGGUGGAGGGAGACCACCGGGGCCACUACAGCCACGGGCUCAACCGGAUGGACAUGUACGUGAAGGACAUCCAGACGGGAAUCUGUGCCAAGGACGGCGAGCCGGUGGUGGAGAAGGAGAGUGCCGGCACGGCACUGGUUGAUGGGAAGAACCUCCUGGGUCCCGUGGUGGGAAACUUCUGCAUGCAACUGGCCAUAAAGAAGGCCAAAGAAGCCGGCAUCGGCUGGGUGGUGGCACACGGUUCCAACCAUUACGGCAUCGCCGGCUACUACGCAAUGCAAGCUCUGAAGGAAAACAUGAUUGGCAUGUCCUUUACCAACACGUCCCCGCUGGUGGUUCCCACACGUGGAAAAGAGUGCACUUUGGGCACCAACCCCAUCAGCGUGGCCGCGCCUGCUAAAGACGGAGACAGCUUUGUUCUGGAUAUGGCCACAUCUGCCGUCGCACUUGGAAAGGUGGAGCUCCAUGAGCGGCGUGGAGACACCAUCCCCGAAGGCUGGGGCUGCGACGCUGGGGGCACGCUGACCACCGACCCCAAGAGAGUCCUGAGCGGAGGAGGACUGGUGCCCAUCGGCGGGAGUGAAGCCACAGGAGGCUACAAAGGCUACGGUCUGGGAAUGAUGGUGGAAGUGUUCUGUGGCAUCUUGGCCGGGGCCCAGUACAGCAAACACGUCCGCACGUGGAAAGUAACCGACCGCGUUGCAAACCUGGGUCAGUGUUUCGUGGCGAUUAACCCGGAGAACUUUGCUCCCGGGUUCGACGGCAGGAUGUCUGACCUUCUGUCCAUCCAGAGAGGGCUGGAGCCGGUUGACCCCAGCGCUCCCGUGUUGGCUGCCGGAGAUCCAGAGAGGAUGAACGUGAAGAAGUGUGAGGAGCUGGGCGGCAUCCCCUACCACAUCAACGUCAUCAACUACAUGAACGAAUGCGGCAAGAGAGUUGGCGUCAGCCCUCUGCUGCCAUGUGACAACGUCAUCUCCAAUUAGUCCGUCUGGUCGAGACUGUCACCGUUGGAAAGCGGAAACGUCUGUAUCCAGUAUCUUCAAGCUAUUUGGGAAAGCAUUAUAUAACAGCGAAGCAUUUUUCUUUUCUGUCUGAAGAUGCAUUCAAAUGCUUAUUUCCAACAUGUCUUCAAGAUGUCCGACAGCGACACGAGUGCAUUCCUUAUCUACAGCUGUUGUAAAUUCCCGGUCAUUCCCUGUUUUUACUUUGUUUCAGUUCAAAUGCAGUGCAAUGUUGUAUCUCUGUGGUGAUAUAGUUUCUGUAUGACGGACAUAAUAUUUUUUUUAGUACUGAUCUUUAAAAAAAAAUUACUCUGAGAAGGUUUUGCUACUUUUAGCAAGUUCAAAUCCCCUUUUUUUUUACUCUCACGCCAUCAUUAAAACAUUAGUUUGUGCCUUAUUCAAUAAAACUGACUAAAGACUG